AUGUACUUAACCAGAUGUAAACCCACUAAAAACCUGAUUUGCUUAGGUUUCUUUGAGAUUCUAGCGAGUUGCGACUUCUUCUUCUCCGACUCGGCAAAAUCAAAUCCGUCGUGCCGUGGCCAUCGAUUUUCAGGUCGCCGGUUACUUUUCCCCGUCUCGCGACUCCUUCUCUCCUUUCUCCGGGGACAUAGUCGCUUUUCAGAUAUAAUGUUGAAGCAAGUGGUUGGCAAGUAUUCUGCAGCUAAAGCGUUGAUUUAUGGAAGUAACAGAGAAAAGCUUAGACCUUUCUUGUUCCAAACCAGUUGUGGGUUCCACAAUGGACGGACUGUUUUGGCUCCGAGAAGCUUCUUUGGUGUAGAAGACUACAUGGACGAUGACACAAGCCGACCAUACACAUACCAAAAAGAGAAGAAAUCAAAGAAUCCAGACAAACACGUCUCCUUCAAGCAACGGACAGUGGCAUACAUGGAGCCCUUCACUCUCGACGUCUUCAUCUCAAAACGUUUCGUCUCGGCAUCCCUCACGCACCGUGUCACAUGCAAGCAAGUUGCUGUUGCGGGGACAAACUCUAAAGACGUGAAAGCGGUAUUAAGAUCGAGAUGCGAUAUCCCGGCGUGUAUGUCCAUAGGGAGGAUCUUGUCAGAACGUGCGAAGGAGGCUGAUGUUUACACUGCUUCUUAUACGCCACGUGACCAAGACAAGUUCGAAGGCAAGAUCAGAGCGGUUGUUCAGUCUCUUAUUGAUAACGGAAUCGAUGUUAAAAUUUAUCUCGACUAA